AUGGCUGUUGCAGACAACUGGGAGGACCUUCUCGAUGAGCUGGAGGAGCCAGCAGCUCCUCCUUGCUCCCCAGAAGCAGCAAAGCCAACCAAGACAAAGAGCCCGCUGCAGCAGCAGCAGCAGCAGCGGCAGCAGCAGCAGCAGCAGCAGUUUGAUGAGCCGCUAGAUGAUCCAAUGGAAGAGAGACUGAGAAGGCAAAAGCUAACAGAAGAAGCAGAGAAGCGGCUGAUGAAUGAUUUGUUUGGGGGCUGCGAGCAGCCAGAAGCAGCAGCAAAUGAAAACCAACAAAAACAAACAAAUACAGUAAAAAGUAAAGUCACCGCAGGUGUAUCUACUACAUCUGGCGAGACACUGGAGAGUGUACAGCUGAAGACGUUUCGCGAUUGCGAAAAAUUCGUAGAAAAAAUCUCACAUAAAAUUGUAGACAGCCCAGCGAAGAGCCCCGCGUGGCUUCGUUUGUUGGAUUUGCUGCUCAAAGAAUGCUCACCCAAAAUGGACCUUAAGGAUGAAGACGAAGAAGAUGAGUAUGAUGAGGAUGACUUUAUGUAA